CAUCACCAUCGUCAUCGCUCUCUACAUAAUAAUAACGUUCACAGUAAAACUCACGCACCUAUAUAUAUAUACAUAUAUAUAUAUAUACCCACACAUCAACAAUCUCUUCAAUUAACCUAAACCUAGAAACAUCCACACAUUUAUACAGAGAGAGAAAAACAGAGGAACAGAGAGAAAGAACACACAGAAGCUUCAUCUUCAUGGCUGGUCUGCAAAGAUCUGCGGUGUCUUUCAGGAGACAAGGUUCAUCGGGGCUUGUUUGGGACGACAAAUUAGUGUCUGCUGAAUUGAACAACGACCAAAACCAAGACCAAAAGGCUGCUGCCGACAACCUUAACGCAAAAACAGCAACACCACCACCCACCGCCGCCAUCCAGAGAACCCGCUCCAACGGCGGCUACCGCAUGGGAAAAGUCUCGCCGGCGAUCGACCCUCCCUCUCCAAAGCUCUCUGCUUGCGGCUUCUGCACCGCUUUCUCUAAAACAGGGGAAAAGGGUCGCCGCCGCGCAAAGCCCACCGCCAAGCACCGUUCCAGGUAGGUCUUUUUCUUUCCGGUGGCCGGAGAUUGCUCCCCGAGAAUAGUAGCAGUGGUCUCUGUUUUUUUUUUUUCUCUUUCGAGUUUUUUUUGCUUGUUUCAUUUUUCAAUUCUCUAUGGUUUGUGAUUGUAAUUAUGUGUAUACUUGGUGGAUCGAUCGACCUGGAAUUUUGAUCUUGUACAAAGUGAAUCUUCAUUAAUAUCUUCCACAUGAUUAUGCUUUUUCAAACUUAGCUUCAGUACAUUGCAAUAUCUCAAUAUCUCAGAACACUAUAAUUAUGCUUCA